GCAGGAAACUAUCUCCAUCUCACCUCUUCUCAACCGGCUGGCCUAUUCCCCACUGCCCACAUCAGUGCAGCGGACAUUGCUUCUGCAUUUGCGUUAAUAAUCGGUGAUCGAAUAUCAGAUAUCCAAAGAGCCGCCUUUUUGACCUUGCUUCAUUCCACCGGAAAGUAUAGGCAAGCAGACGUGAUUGCCAAAUGCUCUCACCAUAUGCGUGAAACUGCUUUUGUCAAAGCGGGUGGGCGGCCUGAAGGCAACUAUAAAGGAGGACUGUCUAUUGAAUUCAGUGUGACAUUGUCGGAACAGGGGGUGACUCCCACUCGACUUUCAACGUCUCGAGACCGCCUCAAUUGUUGCAUCGCCAAUUUUGAUGACUACUAA